AUGACGAGUUACCACGAAGACAGUGCUCUUGGUGACAUCCCCAAAAUGCGUACAGUAGAUCUGGAGGGCACCUUAGAGAAGGGAUAUUGGAAAUCGCGCCCAACGUCCCGGAUCCGAUCUAUUCCUACGCGGGCCGCUCAAUGGUGUGUUGAUCACCUCCGGCCGGCAUUUCUGACCGGAAUGGGUGGCCAUAGCAGUCCCCAGGGGAGGCGUACCGCUUACCUCGACGGACUUCGUGGCUUUGCAGCCUUCCUGGUAUACUGGGGCCAUCAUGAGCUCUGGGCGCACGAUGGCAUUGGGGCCGAGAUGAUUUUUGAGAAUGCCUACGGCUACCAGAAGAAACACUACUUUGUCGCCUUCCCCGGCGUGCGCAUCUUCUUUUCGGGUGGGCAUUUCGCCGUGAGUGUCUUUUUCGUGCUCUCGGGUUAUGUGCUUUCGGCCAAACCACUCUCCUUGAUAAGAGCUGGGGAUUAUCUGCAACUGGGCGAUAAUCUGGCCUCUGCCUUAUUCCGCCGCUGGCUACGACUGCACAUCCCCGUCAUCUGCACCACCUUUGUGUACAUGACAUAUCUACACCUGUUUCGCAUCCACGCAACUCCCGAGAUCAAAUCCAGCUACGGGGAGGAGCUCUGGAAUUGGUAUGUCGAGCUGAAAAACUUCAGCUUCGUCUUCCGCACCGGCGGGGAGCCCUGGUUUACUUAUAAUUUCCACUCGUGGUCUAUCCCCGUCGAGUUCCGCGGGUCCAUUGUCAUCUACACGGCUCUCCAGGCCUUCUCGAAAUGCCGAGCCAACGCGCGACUGUUGUGUGAACUGGGAUUGAUCUUCUACUUCAUGUACAUCGCUGACGGCUGGUUCUGCGCGCUCUUCAUGGCCGGCAUGUUGCUCUGUGACCUGGACCUCCGUGCUGCCCGCGAUGAGCUUCCCGACGUGUUCAUGAUGCUAGAGCCGUUCAAGGAGGGCAUCUUUUAUGCCAUGUUAGGGAUCAGUCUGUACUUGGGUGGCGUUCCCUCGCGGACUUGGGAGGAACAGUUCUUGCGAGAUUCUCCCGGGUGGCACUACCUUUCUUACCUGAAGCCACAAGCGGUCUUUGAUUUCAAAUGGUUUUAUUUGUUCUGGGCGGCGACGUUCCUGGUGGCCUCCAUUUCGCGGAUCCACUGGCUGAAAAGCUUCUUUGAAACGUCGUUCAACCAAUAUCUUGGCCGCAUCUCUUUUGCGUUCUAUUUGGUUCACGGACCCGUCCUCUGGGUACUGGGGGAUCGCCUUUAUGCCGCGGUGGGCUGGGUUCGGGACUCCCAUGCGACGACCUGUCCGGGGUGGAUUAAUCGCUUCCCUCUGCCCAAAGUCGGCCCACUUGGCCUGGAAUUGAACUUCUUCGCCCCACACCUCAUUUUGCUGCCGGUGACGCUUUGGCUCGCCGAGAUUGUGACUAAAUUCGUCGACGAACCGAGCGUCCGGUUUGCGCAGUGGUUCUAUCGGAAGACCCUGACACCCGCAAACCAAUCAUAG